CAAAACUUUCAGUUGUCAACCGAAUUGUCAACCGAAUUGUCUACUUAAUUGUCAACCAUGGCUGGCCUUCCUGGCGUCUUCUCUUUACGACCAGGGUCGGAUCUAAUGGCGAAAUCCAUAACACGCAAUUCAUCGGUUAUCAAGAUCAUAACAACAGCUCUAGUCAAAACGGCAGAUGACUACUUUGUUGCGGAAAGCGAGUGGGGCAAUGGAAGUCGGUCUGAUCUUGUUUUGUCACCUCGUUCGUCAUCUUUUCAGCUCGCGCCUAUCAUCAUAGAGUUUCAAUGUCGGGUGGACAAGAAAUUCAUGAAAAGAUUGAUCAUGUACUCUUUACAAGCGUAUCGACGUUACGAAAAGGAUCCAAUCAUGCUCAUUAUUUGUAGCGGUACUUUGUACGAUGAUGUAGCGAAUCUUCUUAAAUCGAGUGAUGUUCUUGGUUGUAGGCGCUAUCCAUGUGAAGGCUGGGGUGCAAGUGCCUUAUCAUGGCUAAGGAAAGUCUCUCGUCACUCACAGCUUCGGAGAAACGUGAGCCAUUUGCCAGCUUUGGACUUUUUCUCACACAGUCAAUGCCGUUCAGUGAGCUUUCCAGCGACGAUGAGACAACAAAAAUGCUGCAGUCACUAG